AGGGGCUUAGGGCUUCAUAAUGGGCGACAUCAAGCUGAACCGCUGAAAACCUUGAUCAUCAAACUUUCACAUGAAGUCAGUAAGAAACCAAGGAAUGUCGGUAUCUUCUCAGAGAGAAUUGAAUGCGAAAAGACGGAAGUUAGAGCAUUGCAGAUGAUUGGGGGAUGAACGGCCACACACAAUUGAGGAAUUAAAAGCCAUCUUAGAACACAGACACAGUGACUAGAGUUUUUCUCUUGCCCUGUUUCUGCUCUCAACAGGGAGAAUAAGGUGUAGGGUGUUAGACAGCUAGAGUGAUGGAGAACUGAAUCGUGUAUGUGACAAAAACAUUAAGUGAACUUUUCAAUGUCUGAAAUGUUAGGUUCAUAGUACUUACAGUUGUAUCCAAAAUGUCAAAGAUCAGACAUCACUCCAGACUCAAGUUCUAUGUCUUUUCCUCAUGCCAUGAGUCAUGCAUAUGUAUAUGACAUUAAUACUGUGACUUAAGCAAGAAAGACCAUCAAUUCGCUUUAUUGCAAUGUUGUCUUUAUGUUAUAUCAUGCUAAUCUUGAAUAGUCUUUGCUAAUAUACUAAGAGAGAUUGGUUCACAAAUAUACACAUCUUUACUUAGUUAAUUAUGAAGACAGUAGUCACUUUCUUGUAUAAGUCUUUUUAAGAAGUUGAGACACACUACUGCACACACUGGUUCCUCCAUAGAGAAAAAUGGUGCCUGUGCUAAUCUUCAUUGUAGCUCUCCCUAUAAUCCUCUUCUUCUUCCUUCAAAAACACAAAUCCGUGAAGAACAUUUGUCUCCCUCCCGGUCCCAAAGGACUUCCCUUAAUUGGUAACCUACACCAGCUUGAUAACUCAAACCUUCCUCAUUAUCUAUGGCAACUCGCCAAACAAUAUGGUCCCCUUAUGUUCAUGAGGUUUGGCUUUAGGCCAACAAUUGUUAUCUCAUCUGCCAAGAUGGCUAAGGAGGUACUCCAAACUCACGAUCUUGUAUUUUGUAGUAGGCCUGCAUUACGUGGCCAGCAAACUUUGUCCUACAAUGGAGUAGACUUGGCUUUUGCACCAUAUGGUGCUUAUUGGAGGGAGAUGAGGAAGAUUUGUGUUGUUCAUCUCUUUAGCUCUAUUCGAGUGCAAACUUAUCGUCCCAUUCGAGAAUAUGAGGUGUCUCUCUUGCUUGGAAAGAUAUUGAAAUCAGUUGAUGCUUCCAAGCCUGUUAAUUUGACUGAAGCAUUGAUGUCUCUUGCAAAUCAUAUAAUCUGUAGAAUUGCUUUGGGUAAGAGAUACGAGGAUGAAGGAGUUGAAAGAAGUAGAUUUCAAAGUCUACUCAAUGAAGUUCAAGCCUUGUUUGUAACUAACUUUUUCUCAGAUUAUUUUCCUUUCAUGAGCUGGCUUGAUAGGCUCACUGGACAACUCUCUCGUCUCCAUAAAAGUUUCGUACAAUUCGAUCAAUUCUACAAUGAAAUCAUACAGGAUCACCUUGAUCCAAAGAGGCCAAAACCUGAACAAGACGACAUUCUUGAUGUCCUACUUCAACAAUGGAAAGAUCAAUCAUUCAAAGUCGAUGUCACUUUAGAUCACAUCAAAGCAGUGCUCAUGAACGUAUUUGUUGCGGGAACAGACACUAGCGCAGCUGCAGUGGUUUGGGCCAUGACCUUCCUGAUGAAGAAUCCGAGAACUAUGAAGAAGGCACAAGAAGACUCCCAUAUCUUAAAGCAGUGGUGAAAGAGAUCAUGAGAAUUCAGUCAAUAGCUCCACUACUCGUCCCCAGAGAAUCAAUUGGAAAGUGUAAUCUAGAUGGGUAUGAAAUACCAGCAAAAACGUUGGUUUUU